GGCAGGGCCGGGGGAGUGGUGGGGGCGGGGAACGAGACACGAGAAGUAGAGAGGCCAGGGCUCUUUGUAGAAGCCGGGGCAGAGGAGGGGUCCCUGCGGGGUGCAGCGGGAAGAAGGAUGGAGGAGGCCCUGGGAUUUGAAGGAGAGGAGCAGAGGGGGCAUUACGGGAGAAGAGAAAAAGAGAACAAGGUGGAGGGGCCGUGCUGUGUUUAACGGGGAGGAGUGGGGCCCGAAAAUGUAAAGAGAAGAGGCAAAAUAAAGAUUGGAGACUGAAUAUAUAAAGGAAGGAGGGUUUGGGAGGUAGAGUGGGAAAGCAGAUCCAGAGGGCCUGCUAAGUAAGAGUAACGGAGAGUUGGGCCCUGGGGGGCAGAGAGAAAAAAUAAGAGUGUCAGUGGCUUAUACGUAGGGGCGGGGGAAGAGGCAUUUGGAGGGAUAUAGCAGAUAGCAAGGUCCUGGGACACUGGGGUAUAGAGAAGGAAGACAGUGGCGGUGUCUUACUGAUGUGUAGAUGAAAUAGAGACGGGUUGCAAAGUGGGAAGAGGAUGGCGAGACCUCGAGUGUCAAGUGUAGGAACAGAAUAGAGGAGCACUGAGUGAAAAGUGGGGAAUUGGGUUAGUGGGGCUCAGAAGAUGUGCCUAGAGUAAAUAAGGCCACAGAUGUUUGUAGUGAUGGGGCGGGAAGGUGUAGAUGGAGAGGCUGUCUGGACAUGUAAUGGGCAUGGCGAUCUGGGAGGGCCUGGAGGCGGGGUAUGCAGGCUGAUGUAGUGGUCCUGGGGAGAGAAUGCUGGGCGCUGGGGAAGAAAAGGAAGUUCUGGAGGCAGAAGAGCCUUCGGGCGUGAAGGGGUCGUGAAGAUGUAUAGAAGGGAAACAGAUUUAGGGAAUUGAAUGUUGCCUGGUAGGGGAGGGAUAGAGGAAGGAUGACAACUUGGGGGCUGAGAGGAGGAUCUAAGAGGAAGAGCAGGAUGGGGCCGGGAUGUGCCGAGCCCAGCUUGAGACGUCCUAGAGUCCACUUGAUGGAACUCAAAGAUCUGGAGAGUUUCUUUUUGAAGGAGUGCUGCCGCUCCAGAUGCUGCUGCUCCCGCCGCGGCCGCCCCACCCUCGGUCCUCCUCUCCGGAGGCCAUGGACCCACCGCCCCCCAAGACUCCCCCCUUCCCCAAGGCGGAAGGCCCCUCGUCCACCCCUGCUUCGGUGGCAGGGUCCCGACCCCCGCGGCUUGGCCGCCACCUGCUCAUCGACGCCAACGGGGUCCCCUACACGUACACGGUGCAGCUGGAGGAGGAACCCCGGGGCCCGCCCCAACGCGAGACGCCCCCAGGAGAGCCGGGCCCUCGCAAGGGCUACAGCUGCCCGGAGUGCGCUCGUGUCUUUGCCAGCCCUCUGCGGCUGCAGAGCCACCGCGUGUCGCACUCGGACCUCAAGCCCUUCACUUGCGGAGCCUGCGGAAAGGCCUUCAAGCGCUCCAGCCACCUGUCGCGGCACCGUGCCACGCACCGUGCGCGCGCCGGCCCGCCGCACACCUGUCCACUCUGCCCCCGCCGCUUCCAGGACGCUGCGGAGCUGGCCCAGCACGUGCGCCUCCACUAAACCCGAGGCGCUGGAGACUGGGUAUGCGGUGCCCCUCUCCGGGCCACCAUGUCUGUCCCACACAGCGCCAUUCCCACACACACUCCCUAGCUCUACUGAGGUUACUGCCCUACCCUGGGCCUCAGUUUCCCCAACUUUCCAAAGGGAGAAGCAUCAUUCAUUCCCCCCGCCCCACUCUUUCCCAGCUGUGUGAUGUAGACUGAGUCGUUGCCCCUCCCUGGGCGUGCAAAAUGGGUAGAGUGGAGGAAAGGCAGAGGAGAGAACACCGGUCUGGGCUCCGGUCGGGCGGUGCUGUGUGUGAGUCUUCGCAAGUGACAAAACCUCUCUGAGCCUUGGUUUCCUGAUUUGCGAAGUGGUGAACGGCGGUCGUUCAGGUGGAAGAGAUGACAAAAGAGCACGGGCACCGUCAGGUUCUUUUCUGUAUCUCCCCCUUCCGCCAGCUACCCCCACCCUCUGCUCAAUAAACAUUCCGCACACCA